CGUCUCGUAUCUCUACACUAACGAGGUUUCGUUCGCUCCUCUCCGCUCGUCGUCGGCGCGCACAAGCAAAGGUAGAACUUCUGCUAUGCACGAGGGAUGUAAGCCCCACAAGACUGUGUCGUGUUCGCCAAAGUCUAUGUAUAGACUCGCUGAGAAAUACGGUCUUGCCGAGCUUAAACAACUGGCGCUGAACAACAUACGCGCGCAGCUGUGCGUCCAGAACAUCCUCGUUGAGCUGUUCUCCGACUUCACGUCCAGAUACCUCGAAGUCCACCAGCUUGAAGUGGAUUUCUUCUGCAAGCAAUGCGUCCGCCCGGACGUCAUGGCUGCCCUACCGCGGUUUCUAGACAACAUGUCCGGAGGGUGCCUCCCGCAGUGCAGCGAAGUGCUGCUGUCCAUCAUCCUCAGUCUCACAGCCAAGGGUCAGGGAGUCGCAUCGAAGUGUGGUUCGGCUCGUAGAUUGUCUUAGGCGAUACUAGCAGUGGCUUCCUCGGAUCGCUACGUAAUGUUGCGAAUAUUUGCGUGUCGAAGCGCUCCUUCGUCGAUGGCUCGCUGACCACGCCUGCUUUGUUCUGUCAAAUUAGCCAAUGAGACUGUAUGCGAUCGUAUCUGUCUCUUUCUUGAUGCCGAACAGCCAUCUGCUAACGGGUGUAUCAAAGCGCGUAUCAUCUUACCAAUUUUAUUAUCUUCAGUCCGUCGCAGCGUA